AGGAUCUGUUGCUAUGAGAACAGUACAUAUUUGGCUUCGAGCAGCUUUAAAGUAUCAGAUAAUAUGAUAUGAUAUUUUAUAAUAUGAUAUUUUAUAAUAUCGUAUUAACAUCCCCGAACCAACUUGGAUAUAUUUACAAACAUUUAGACCACCAUUGGCUGAUUUGCUACGCAGAUAUUUAGACUUAUGUGCUUUUUUCAUUCAUAUCACCAUCCUACAUUUGUCUGUUGUAACAUGACUGACUUCUCCAUUGUAUCUUGUGAGGUUUUGUUUAUUAGCACAGCCACAUUUAGGCUCCUACAGUCGUGUUAGGAAACACGCAGCUCGUGUUGUUUUGGGUCGAUGUGGGAGGUGCAGGGGGAGGCGUGUCGCAGCGUAACCAUCACAGCAGAUCUACAAACGCUGUGGAUGUACCCUGUUCAUGUGCACGGUGGUGGUAGACUGUUUUUAGAUCACUUGGUGCGCUUGAUUUAGCUCUCCUGACGUCCUACCCAAAAUGUUUUCACCUCGCUCGACCUACUAGCUCGCUUGUCCUCUACAUGGACUGCGUCUUUCAAAACUCUCCACAAACCGUGGCGUCAACAUGGACCGUCUCGUUUCAUAGUUGCGGGCUCGGUCGUGCUAUCAGGUUACUCGCAUGGCCGGAGCAUGCUGCAAGUGUCCGGUGUCUCUCUCCGUGCUCAGGCGUUCUCUCACGGUGGCUCCGCGGGGCUGCGGGUCCGCUCCUCCUCGGUCCCACCUUCUGGGCUGGAGGCUGGGGGAGCGGGGCCUGCAGGAGGCCGCCAGACCCUCCAGUGCGUUUAGACCUGCGGGAGUUUACCGACACACUGCCCUUCUCUGUGUCUCCUGUCAGGAGUCCAUGAGCGAGAGUCUGCGGACCUGUUACCUGUACCUGAACCAGACCAGCCGGAGUUUCGCAGCUGUGAUUCAGGCUCUGGACGGAGAGUUAAGACACGCAGUUUGUAUCUUCUACCUGGUGCUGCGAGCGCUGGACACCGUGGAGGAUGACAUGAGUAUCCCUCUGGACAAGAAGGUGCCCAUGCUGAAUGAUUUCCACACCUACCUGUACCAGGAUGAGUGGUGCUUCACAGAGAGCCAGGAGAAAGACCGACAGGUUCUGGAGGAUUUCCCCACGAUAUCACUGGAAUUUAGAAACCUUGCCAAGGAGUACAGAGACGUCAUCUCGGAUAUCUGCAACCGUAUGGGAGUGGGAAUGGCUGACUUCCUGGAGAAGAAAGUGGGAUCCAUGAAGGAGUGGGACCUGUAUUGCCACUACGUCGCUGGUCUGGUCGGCAUCGGUCUGUCUCAGCUGUUCUCUGCGUCCCAGCUGGAGGACCCCGAGGUGGGCCGGGACACAGACUUGGCAAACUCCAUGGGCCUGUUCCUCCAGAAGACAAACAUCAUCAGAGACUACCUAGAGGACACGCAACAGGGACGUGCCUUCUGGCCACAAGAGGCCUGGAGUCAGUUUGCAGGUCAUCUCGAGGACUUGGCCCAGCCAGAGAAGCUGGACUCGGCUCUCUCCUGCCUCAACCUGCUGGUCACUGACGCUCUGAGACACGUCCCGGAUGUCAUCGCGUACCUGUCCCGCCUGCGAAACCAGAGCGUCUUCAAUUUCUGUGCCAUUCCACAGGUGAUGGCGAUAGCGACGCUAUCAACAUGCUACAACAACCCCAUGGUUUUCCAGGGAGUGGUGAAGAUCAGAAAGGGACAGGCCGUCACACUCAUGAUGGAAGCCACCAACAUGAGAGCAGUGCAGAGCAUCAUUGCCCAGUACAGCCAGGAGAUUUUACAGAAGGUCUCUCUCACUGACCCAUCACGGGAUAAGACCCUGCACAUCCUGGCUCUAAUCAGAGAGAAGUCGGCUCUCUCCCAGUCCAGCCUCCCCUCCCGGACCCACCACCUGUCGCCCAUGUACCUGUCUGCUGCUAUGCUGCUCGCCGCCCUCAGCUGGCAGUACCUCAGCACUACAGCUGCACAGGCACAGGACACUGGAGACAUGCAGGGACAGUAAACACCCCCCCUGCUACACCUUUCCUUGGAAUCCACAGACUCAGAAAGCCCCCCCCCCCUUAGCCCACUCUGGAGGUCCAGUUCUUCUCUGACUGGAUGAAACUGGAUCACCUCUGUUCACUUCUUUACUAUCAGAGGACCUUGGACAUAGGUAGACUAUGGAGGUCCUGGUAGCAGACUGCUCUCAUUACUUUAUGUGGUAGUGGUUUCUAGAAGUCCAUCUUGCAUCUGGAUACAUUUCUGACAAACACUGUGGGGUGGUUAUGUUCACCAGCAAAAACGGCACAUUGAAACAUUCACAGGGUGUUUUCAUGGUUAAUGUAAAUCGUGUCGUAUUGUGUGUUUUAUUUUGUUCAAUUUGUUAAAAAAAAAGUCUGACCCCAUAAAUUGAGUGGAUAUAUAUAUAUUUAGAAUAUUCAAAUAUUUUAUGAAAAGAAUAACAAAUUUAAUUUUCUACAUUGACUGCAGACAUUGUAAAAUGCAGAACAAGCUAUUAUUAUUUUGGUCAAUUGUUUUUUCAAAAAGCUUAAUCUUGAUGUGUCAAAUCUUAAACGAACUACAUAUUCCACUACUUGUGUUUCUUUAGGAGAAGCAUUCUGUAACACCAGUGCACGUUACAGUAACUGCACUGUAUGUAAAAAAAAACCAAAAAAAAAACAAUGACAGUGUACAUUUACAGUAGAGCUAAAUUUUUUAAACACUGGUGUCCGUGUUCUUUCUGUUUCUACACUUUGACCUUUGAAAUAGGACAAAACGAAUGAUGUGCAAUUCGGAGGUCGUUUUCACAUGGAUUCUUGAAGUGAAUAAGGGAGAACAAAUGUAUUUUCUUAUACAUUUGAUAUCUGAAAGAAACUGUUUAUUUAAAAUGCUAGCUAAAGUGUCCUUAAAAGAGCUUUGGGGAGUAGAAAGGCUAGCACAGAGUAACCUUGUACAGAACCAAAGGAGAGAUACAAACAUUGCUAUGUAAUGUGACAUUUUGAUUUGUACAUAUUUGAACAAAUAAAGACGUGGAAGAAUCUUAA